GGGAGUAUAACAUAAGCUAAUUGGUCCGGAUUAACACAUGGCUUUUUAGCCCCCAAAUCCUACUUCAUCUCUAACCUAGAGACAGUCCCUGUAGCACCAAAAAGCAGACGGCGAGCGAAAUUGAUAAAUAAAUUCAUUUUGGUGGAAAAUCGAUUUUGUCAGACGAAGCUUCAAUUUGUAGCUUCGAAGUGAAUGUGAGUUUGGGGCUAAAAUCACGUUUGGUGUUUUCUACAGCUGAACCAAACGGGCACUUAGUUAGAACGCAGAACACUCUCACAAUCACAACCAUGGGCCGUCAUUCUCCAUCCUAUCGCCGUCACCGAAGUCACCGCAGCAUCUCUCCUCCUCCGCCACCACCACGAGAGAAGCCACAAUCUUCUACUCGCUCAACGGUUUUAUCACGUUCCGGUUCACCGGACGCUCCUCCUUCUCAUCGCUCUCGCUCUCCUUCUCCACGAACGAAACGAUUGAAGAGAAUUCAAUCUGAACGUGAAUCCAAACGCGAACACGACAGGAGCCAUAGCGGUAGCAGAGGGAGAGAUUCGGAGAGGGAAACAGUUGAGCGGAAGGAGAGGAAAAGAGCGGAUAAUGAUGACGGUAGCAGAGGGAGGGAUUCGGAAAGGGAAACAGUUGAGAGGAAGGAGAGGAAAAGAGCGGAUAAUGAUGAUGAUGAUGAUAGUGGAAGGAACGGCAGGUCGUCGAGGUCGAAGCAUGAGAGGUCACCGGAGCAACACCAUAACGGGAGGAGCAGGCAUAGGUCUCAGUCGCCCCAUCGUGCAAACUCAAAGCCUCGUGAUGAGGUGACCAAUUCAAGAGGAGCUGAAAUGAUGAAUGAAGAAGAUGAUUCCAUUAUGAAGAUGAAGGCUGCUGAAGAGGCUCUGGAAGAAAAACAGAAGGUAAAACCUUCAUUUGAGCUAUCAGGAAAACUUGCGGCUGAAACGAAUCGUGUCAGAGGCGUUACUUUGUUGUUCAAUGAACCACCAGAGGCUCGAAAACCUGAUAUUAAAUGGAGGCUCUAUGUUUUCAAGACUGGUGAAAUGUUGAAUGAGCCCUUAUAUAUACAUCGCCAAAGUUGUUAUCUUUUUGGAAGAGAAAGAAGAGUUGCUGAUGUCCCAACAGAUCACCCGUCUUGCAGCAAGCAACAUGCUGUUAUUCAAUUCCGGCAAAUUGAAAAGGAGCAACCCGAUGGUACUAUAGUAAAGCAAACAAGGCCUUACAUAAUGGACCUUGGAAGCACAAACAAAACAUUUGUUAAUGAUAGUCCCAUUGAACCUCAACGGUAUUAUGAACUUCGGGAGCAGGACACCAUUAAAUUUGGUAAUAGUAGCCGAGAAUAUGUAUUACUGCACGAGAACUCUGCUUCGUGAGCAGCACCGACCUCGCCAGAUAUGUUCCAUCCUGCUCAUUAGAAGUGAUCAAAUUAACAUUGUACCAGUAGUUUUCCUAAUGAAGUCCAACUUUUGAGUAUUACCUGAUCUGAGUUUCUUGAUAUUUAAGUCAAGAUGCAUGGAAUGUUGAAGCUGGAAAAUUCGGUCUUGAUAUUUAGUCAAAACAUAUUGAAUAUUUAAGUUGUAAAAUUCGAUCUAUAGGACUACCAAGUGAGAAUUUCAGAGCCUUGCUUAAGCAAUAUGUCCCUUUGAAGAAAUGGAAAGGGAAAUGUGAUAGAUCAUGGAAGAUGUUGAAUUGUUGAUGGAACAGGAAAUUUUUACUUGUUUUUUUGACUUGGGAAAGAUAAUUUUCCGAA